CCCUAUCUGAAGAGCUUGUCAAUGGUUGCUGCAAACAAGUUACUGCACUUACUGGAAGCCUUCUCGACAACAUGGUUCCUCUUCACAGCAUCCCAGAAUCACCAUCUAGUCUUCUUCCUCCUUGAGGUCUUCAAUAAUAUCAUCCAGUACCAGUUUGAUGGGAAUUCAAACUUGGUGUACGCCAUUAUUCGGAAACGCAAUGUAUUCCACCAACUGGCCAAUCUCCCGACAGACCCUGCUGCCAUCCAGAAAGCCCUGCAAAAGAAGAAGAAAUCGACUGAGCCCAUUUCACGGACCAACUCACAGGAAGGAGUGUCCAUGGAAGGAUCCCGGCCUGCUGCUCCAGCAGAGCCUGGCACAUUGAAGACCAGUCUCAUCGCGACCCCAGGAAUAGAUAAGCUGACGGAGAAAUCACAGGUCUCAGAGGAUGGGACGCUGAGCCGUGUGGAUCAAGGUCAGGGUCAGACUCCCAGCCCUGCUGGGAACUGCCCAGCGCCAUUAGCAAGUGACACUGAGUCUUCAAGUGCGGAGGCAAUUCCACGAAACCCAGAAAGGAGGAGGAAACCAUCCAGUCUCUCAUCAGCAAAUCAGUGGGCACCGAGCCCCGAUUGGGUGAUAUCAUGGAAAUCAAAACUGCCCCUCCAAACAAUCAUGCGCCUGUUACAGGUUCUGGUCCCACAAGUGGAGAAGAUCUGCAUUGACAAGUAAGCAUGUGCACUAACAAUAGGCUGCAGGACAGGCAUCGCUGAGCUUCUUAUAUUCUUCAGCCAGAAAUAUAGAAAAUCACUGUUUGAUAGGCGUUAUCAGUGUGAAUGCCUCUUAGCCUCAGGCCAUACUAAAACAGUUUGAAUUCUUUCGUCCUGUUAAAAUUCCUUUUGACCUCUUGGCUGCCAUUUAAUUUUAGUUACCGUGGUGGUAUCCCUCAAUCCUGUGGCU